GUUUGGCUCUUUGAAGAGACCCUGAAUAGGUAAUCAGCCAGACAAUGGGUGUCUGCUCAAAGUGCAGCUUCAAAAAGAUGGAUUCCAGGUAAACGGGCAAGAUGAACUUUUCCAAGCUACCCAAAAUCCGAGAUGAAGAUAGGGAGAGCGUGUUUGGCUACGUCCAUGGAGUCUCAGGACCCGUGGUCACUGCUUGCAACAUGGCAGGUGCAGCUAUGUACGAGUUGGUACGAGUUGGCCACUGUGAGCUGGUGGGAGAAAUUAUCCGGCUGGAGGGUGAUAUGGCUACUCUUCAGGUGUAUGAAGAAACCUCUGGUGUCUCUGUAGGAGAUCCUGUACUCCGUACUGGCAAACCCCUCUCAGUGGAACUUGGCCCUGGCAUUAUGGGGGCCAUUUUUGAUGGUAUCCAGAGGCCUCUGACAGACAUCAGCACUCAGACCCAAAGUAUCUACAUCCCCAGAGGUGUCAACGUGUCAGCUCUGAGCAAAGACCUCAAAUGGGACUUUUCACCUUCCAAAAACCUGCGGGUUGGCAGUCACAUCACUGGGGGAGAUAUUUAUGGACUGGUGAAUGAAAACUCCCUUAUCAAACACAAAAUCAUGUUGCCCCCACGGAACAGGGGGACGGUAACAUAUAUUGCUCCACCAGGGAACUACGACACAUCAGAUGUUGUCUUGGAGCUGGAAUUUGAAGGUGUGAAGGAGAAGUUCACUAUGGUCCAGGUCUGGCCUGUACGUCAGAUCCGUCCCGUCACUGAAAAAUUACCAGCCAACCAUCCACUGCUAACUGGCCAACGGGUCCUUGAUGCCCUCUUCCCGUGUGUACAAGGGGGUACUACUGCUAUCCCCGGGGCCUUUGGCUGUGGAAAGACUGUGAUCUCGCAGUCUCUCUCCAAGUACUCCAACAGUGAUGUUAUCAUCUAUGUAGGCUGUGGAGAACGAGGAAAUGAGAUGUCUGAAGUACUCAGAGAUUUCCCAGAGCUCACAAUGGAAGUUGAUGGCAAGGUAGAAAGUAUUAUGAAGAGAACAGCCUUAGUAGCAAAUACCUCCAACAUGCCCGUCGCUGCCAGAGAAGCCUCUAUUUAUACCGGAAUCACCCUGUCUGAGUAUUUCCGGGACAUGGGCUACAAUGUCAGUAUGAUGGCUGACUCCACUUCCCGAUGGGCUGAGGCCCUUAGGGAAAUUUCAGGGCGUUUAGCUGAAAUGCCAGCUGACAGUGGCUAUCCAGCCUACCUCGGUGCCCGUCUGGCCUCGUUCUAUGAGCGAGCUGGCAGAGUGAAGUGUCUGGGGAACCCCGAGCGAGAAGGGAGUGUCAGCAUCGUCGGGGCUGUAUCUCCCCCUGGUGGUGACUUCUCAGAUCCUGUCACAUCUGCCACUCUGGGCAUUGUUCAGGUGUUUUGGGGCUUGGAUAAGAAGCUGGCUCAGCGCAAGCACUUCCCGUCUGUCAACUGGCUGAUCAGCUACAGCAAGUACACACGGGCCCUGGAUGAGUAUUAUGACAAGCACUUCACAGAGUUUGUCCCCCUGAGGACAAAGGCCAAGGAGAUCCUGCAGGAAGAGGAGGACCUGGCGGAGAUUGUGCAGCUUGUGGGGAAGGCUUCCUUGGCAGAAACCGAUAAAAUUACCCUGGAGGUUGCCAAACUGAUCAAAGAUGACUUCCUGCAGCAGAAUGGCUACAGCCCUUAUGACAGGUUCUGCCCUUUUUAUAAGACAGUGGGGAUGCUUUCCAACAUGAUUGCAUUCUACGACAUGGCGCGCCGAGCUGUAGAGACCACAGCCCAGAGUGACAAUAAGAUCACAUGGUCCAUCAUCCGAGAAAAUAUGUCUGAAAUCCUUCAGAGACUCGUUUCCAUGAAAUUCAAGGACCCAGUGAAAGACGGCGAGGCGAAUAUCAAGGCAGACUAUGCUCAGCUCUUUGAGGACAUGCAGAAUGCAUUCCGUAGUCUGGAAGACUAG